AUGGCGUCUUGGCAGUGCAGCUCCGUCACAGGUUCGGCACUGCGCAUACCUCUGGCUCAGCACCACCACGAUGCCCAACAGGAAGGGGUCCGAGUCACCAAGGUGGACUGGCAGCAUUCAGAAAAUGGUGCUGCCCACCACACCCAAGAUUACCCUUGCCCAGAGCUGGUGGUUCGAAGAGGCCAGCUAUUCAGUCUCACCCUGGAUCUAAGCAGAGCCCUGGACAGCGAGGAGGCCCUCAUCUUCACUGUGGAGACAGGACCCCACGCAUCUGAGGCUCUCCACACCAAAGCCAUAUUCCAGACUUCAGAGCUAGAAAUGGGGGACACCUGGACAGCUGCAAAAGAGGAACAGACGGAGAAUACUGUCACCGUCACCCUCGCGAGCCCUCCCAACGCAGUCAUUGGCCGAUACACGCUCAGUGCCAGGGCCUCUUCCCGCCGGAAACACAGUGACCGCAAGCUGGGCCAGUUUAUCCUCCUGUUCAAUCCCUGGUGCCCAGAGGACGACGUGUUUCUGGACUCAGAGGAGGAGAGGCAGGAGUACGUGCUUAACGACAGUGGCAUCAUCUUCCGAGGCGUGGAGAAGCACAUCCGGGCCCAGGGCUGGAACUACGGGCAGUUUGAAGAGGACAUCUUGAACAUCUGCCUCUCCAUCCUGGACCGAAGUCCUAGCCACCAGGAUGACCCGGCCACCGAUGUGUCCCAUCGCCAUGACCCAGUCUAUGUCACCAGGAUCAUCAGUGCUAUGGUGAACAGCAACAAUGACCGUGGUGUGGUACAAGGCCAGUGGCAGGGCAAAUAUGGCGGUGGCACCAGCCCACUGAACUGGCGUGGCAGCGUGGCCAUCCUGCAGAAGUGGUUCAAGAGCAGAUACAAGCCAGUCAAAUAUGGCCAGUGCUGGGUCUUUGCUGGAGUCAUGUGCACAGUCCUCAGGUGUCUGGGGAUCGCCACCAGGGUGGUGUCCAACUUCAACUCAGCCCAUGACACUGAUGGCAAUCUGAGUGUGGACAAAUAUGUGGACACCUUUGGCCGGACCUUGGAGGACCUGACAGAAGACAGUAUGUGGAAUUUCCAUGUCUGGAAUGAAAGCUGGUUUGCACGACAGGACCUGGGCCCAUCCUACGAUGGCUGGCAGGUUUUGGAUGCCACGCCUCAAGAGGAGAGUGAAGGCAUGUUCCAGUGCGGCCCUGCCUCAGUCACUGCCAUUCGCGAGGGUGAUGUCCACCUAGCCCACGAUGGCCCCUUCGUCUUUGCCGAGGUCAAUGCAGACUACAUCACCUGGCUAUGGCAUGAGGACCAGAGGCGGGAGCGCGUGUACUCAGACACCAAGAAGAUUGGCAGGUGCAUCAGUACCAAGGCAGUGGGCAGUGACUCUCGUGUGGACAUCACGGGCCUCUACAAGUAUCCAGAAGGGUCCCGGAAGGAGAGGCAGGUGUACAGCAAAGCUAUGAAGAAACUGCUCAGCUUGGAACCCUGGGGGAGGAGGAGGCGGAUCCGCAGGGCCGGUUUACGUGCUGUCUGGCGUGAUGACCUCCUGGAACCGGCCACCAAACCCAGCAUCACUGGCAAGUUCAAAGUGCUGGAACCACCGGUGCUUGGCCAGGAUCUGAAGCUAGCUCUGUGCUUGACCAGCCUCACCGCCAGGGCCCAGCGGGUCCGAGUCAAUCUGAGUGGCGCCACCAUCCUCUAUACCCGCAAGCCAGUGGCAGAGAUCCUGUGUGAAUCUCACACAGUGAAGCUGGGGCCACUAGAAGAGAAGAAGAUCCCAGUCACAAUAUCUUACUCUCAGUACAGAGAAGAUCUGACGGAGGACAAGAAGAUCCUGUUGGCUGCCAUGUGUCUUGUCAGUAAAGGGGAGAAGCUCCUGGUGGAGAAGGACAUUACUCUGGAGGACUUCAUCACCAUCAAGGUGCUGGGCCCAGCGGUGGUAGGAGUGGCGGUCGCUGUGGAGGUGAUGGUGAUCAACCCCCUCUCGGAGAGUGUAAAGGACUGUACGCUGAUGGUAGAGGGCAGUGGCCUGCUCCAAGGGCAGCUCAGUAUCGAGGUGCCCAGCUUGCAGCCUCAAGAGAGGGCCUUGAUCCAGUUCAACAUUACCCCCUCCAAGAGUGGCCCAAGGCAGCUGCAGGUGGACCUUGUCAGCCCGCAGUUCCCAGACAUCAAGGGCUUUGUGGUCAUCCACGUGGCUACAGCCAAGUGA